UCUAUGUUCGAAACUCUGACAUUACAAAUAACCCUACUUAUUUCUGACUGUUUUUUAGUUCUUGCAAUCAUUAUAUGAUAUUUUUAUUUUGGUUCUUUUGAGAAAUUGAUUUUCAAAAUGACAGAAAUAUUCACCAAAAUAAUAGAAAGAAUUUUCAGUAAUUGGACUGCUUUACAAUUAGCUGUUCAACAUUCACAUGGUGGUCCGAAUAGUUUGCAGAUUGCUAAUGAAAUCAAAACAUACAUGGUUGAAUACUGCUUGCAAAAUAAAGUUGAAGCUGAAGAUAUUCGAGAUGCACUAGAAGAAAUCAUGGAUGAAGAAUUUGACACUAUUUGUGAUGAUAACUCAACAAAAGAAAUAUCAAUUAUAAUACAUCGAUUUCUCCAGUUAUUGAAGCAGAAUGACUUACAAACUUGUGAAAUCGAAUUCAAUAAAUUGCCAGAAGCUCAGGAACAAUGGCUUGGAAUGUGUCAAAGUCAACCUGCUGCAGUUCCAGCUGAGGAGUCAGAUUCAUCUUCAGAUGAUAAUAAUACAGAAGAUACUCCAAUGGAAGAAGAUUCGGAAUGGACAGUAGUAAAAUCCAGAAAGAAGAGAUGAUUUCUCACUGAGUGGGAUUCACCUUCAGACAAUAAUAAUACAGAAAAUACUUUAAUGAAAAUGGAUUUAUAAUGGACAGUAGUAAAAUCCAGAAAGAAGAGAUGAUAUCUCACUCUGACCCUUGUAUUAUAAUAAUGUUUAAAUAAAAAUUAUUCGUAAUUAUAAGUUGACAAUUUGA